UUUCCUUUCCAAGCCACUCCGCCGCCAUUGCCACCACGCCACCGGAUCGGAAAAUCUGUCAGUAGUGCGUCUAUUGUGCUAUAAUCUUUGAAGUUGCUUUGCAUUCUUCAGUUUAGUGUCAAUAGUUUUAAAUAAUACUUGGAUCCUAAAAUGGCUGACGAGAAAAAGGGAGAAAGCGAACACAUCAACUUGAAAGUGCUAGGUCAGGAUAAUGCUAUUGUCCAGUUCAAAAUCAAAAAACACACUCCCCUGAGGAAGUUGAUGAAUGCCUACUGUGAUAGAGCAGGAUUAUCAAUGCAAGUGGUCCGGUUCAGAUUUGACGGGCAGCCAAUCAACGAGAACGACACACCAACGUCACUGGAGAUGGAGGAGGGCGACACAAUAGAGGUUUAUCAGCAGCAGACUGGCGGGAGCCUAGUGUAAUUAGCUACUUAAGGACUUUCCAUCUCCGUCGGAAGAACGUCACGGUGUACCCUUCUCAAACCUAACAUUAAGUUUAUUUUUAAAUAACAUCAUUUGUAUCUGUAUGACGAAAAUUUCGUAUUACACAAUUCAUUAACCAAACUUUUUGUGCGGGAUUGUCUGCGAAGUUAUCGCUUUAAUUAAGAUGGAUAAGGUAAACCAAUGGUAGGUAACUUCGAUAUUCCAUGUGAUAAGUUUUAGUUCGUCUCUACAUAAUAGGCCAAUAUUUUUUGAUUGCAAGGCACUAAAGCGUCAAGGAGUUCUGUAUGUGUAAUUUAUUGGAUUUGUGUCCAUAACAAGUAUCAGGUCUAUAACCUAUUUGAAAUAAAGUAAAUGUAAGAAAUUG